ACAACGGAACGCUAAACAACCGACUAACUGCGGCUAGGCUAAUUAACAACUCAUGACGAGUCAAAACUAAGUUUAGAUAUCGUUUGUGUCUCGUUUUGUCUAUUUUUGUUGUUUUACGUGUUCGAGGUUUAAGUUAAGAAGACCAGAGUCGACGAAAAGUGCCACAAACAUGAGUCGUAGCUGGAUGUUAAACCAGCAGCAGAGGCUGAUGUCUCAGCGACAGAGCCAGGAGCAGCACCGGCAGCAGGAGGUCAGGCGGGUGGACAGAGAGAGGCAGCUUCAGGCCAGUCUGGCCGUGGAGGAGAGCUUCGACAAGAGGAGACACCUGCGGCAGGUGCAGCAGGAGCUCCAGGAGAGGCAAAUAGAGAGCGCUCUCCUAAAGGCAGAGGAGGAGAGAGAAAAACGAGAAAAGCAACUUGAACAGGAGGAGAGAAUGGCUAAAGAGCUGGCCCGCAUCAACGCUGAAAAGCAAAGGGAAGAGAAGAUGAGGCAGUAUAUCAAAGAGAACAGCAUGGAGCUUCGGGAACUGGAAUCAAAACUGAAGUGUGCGUAUCUGAACAAGGAUAGAGCUGCACAGAUCGCUGAGCAGGAAGCUAUGAGGUUUGAGACUAUGCGAGAGGAGGCAGACUAUUCUUGCAAGAUGAAGCAGGAACGUGAGCGAGCAGCGGUUGAGCAGCAGAAGCUGGAGCAGCAGCGCCACGAGGAGAUGCUGCAGUAUCAGAGAGAGCUGGAGCAGCAGCUCAUGGAGGGGGAACGCAAGAGACAAGAGGCAUACGAGGAGUUCCUCAAAGAGAAGCUCAUGGUGGACGAGAUUAUCAGGAAAAUAUAUGAGGAGAAUCAGAUGGAGAGACAGCUGAAACUGGAGAAGGUCAGAGCCACUCAGCAGCACAUCGAAGAAUUCAAGAGACAGCAGGCCGAGUGGAGACGCAUGGAGCAGGAACAGAUGGAGGCUGAGAACAGACGCAUCAUGGACUUUGCGAUGCAACAGCAGAACAUGGAAGAGGACCGAAUUGCCAAGAUCAGAGAGAGAGAACAAGCAAAGGAGCAUCUCCAUAAAAUGCUGGUUGAGAAGAUUGAGGGGGAGAGGCAGCAGCGUGAGGAGAUGGACCGGGUCCGUGAAGAACUUUAUUUGGAACAACAAGAGGAGGCCAACAGGCAGAAAGAAAUUGAAGAAAUGGAGAAGAAGAUCCGACAGAGGCUGAUGAUGCAGCAGAGCUGCCAGGAGCAGAUGGCUUUCAAAGAGAUGCGGAGGCAGGCGGAGAAGGAAGAAGAGGAGGCCUUCCGGAAAAUGAUGAUGGCUAAGUUUGCAGAGGACGACCGGAUAGAGCAGAUGAACGCCCAGAAACGACGCAUGAAACAACUGGAACACAAACGAGAGGUGGAGAAACUGAUAGAGGACAGAAGACGGCAGCGUGAGGCUGACAUGGAACUGGAGGCUAAAGAAAGAGCAACUGAGCAGCAGAGGGAGGCUCUACGCAGACAGAUCAUUGAAGAAGAGAGGCAGAAGCUCCUGAAACGUCAUGCAAGAAAACUUCUUGGACACUUACCCAAGGGUUUGCUGCGUGAAGAUGAUCUGGAACACUUUGAUGAAGACUUCAGAAACCACUUUAAAUCACGUCAGGCUGAAAUGUUCUCUGAGGACGACUGGAACGGUGGUGAUUAAAUGUUUCUCUUCCAGGUGCCACUAGGGGGCAGUUUAAUGUUACAGGGAACAUAUUGCAGGUUUUAGUGAACAUUAAGUUCUCCAUUUCUCAAUAUUGUUUUACUAUACAACAGCACUUGUUUUGCAACCAGUGACAACUAAAUGAUUUAGACACAUUUUUAUUGGGACUGUAAUGACAGGAUCUUAAUUAAAAUCAUUCCAAAAGACCUGGUGAUCGAAUCUGAUUAUGUUCAUGAGACAAACUAAUAACUCUAAAUCCCCCCUGAAUCCAAAACACACUUUUGAAAUAUAUCUGAAUCAAACUCUGAGAGACUUAUGUUUAUGUCUUCCCCCAGUCUAGAGCAUUCAUGAACUCCUCUUCUGUGAAGGACAAGAGCUUGGCAGCUUCAAAGUGCAUCUGCACACAAACAAACAAAAAGUUAAGA